AUGGAUGGCAUCAAACCGUUAGACAUUUCUUUUGAGGAAGCUGAUAUUUCCACAAUCUCAAAAAUACCUCAAACACCAAUGAAUGUAACUGAAAUGGAAACUGUCCAAUCACCGUCAGUUGAAAAGAAACCAGCAGAUCAAAAUAACAUGUCAGCACUUUCAGAUGAAACAAACUUGAAACUUUAUGAACUGGAUGAAGUAAGCUUAAAAUUUCAAAAAUUUAUGGUCCCACCUCUACUUUGCAAGCAUCCUACGCCAGCACAAGGAAGAGAUGACGAUAUAGCUCACCUGAAAGAAAUCCUUCUUGAUAUUUUGGUGAAACUGGGGCGAUAUCCAGGAAAUUUCUUCAAAGACAGAAUUCUUUUUGCACCUGACCACAAAAUUGCAAAGAACCUACUGACUCUACUGAAUAAAGAUCCAGUGUUUCGGCAAUUCUUACCAGAGUUCCCAGUUCUCCAUCUAAAAAAGUCCAAAAUCACUAAUUUGUUCUCUGGAUACAAAGAUGCAGGAAUACUUCACCUCAUGAAAUACAUGAAAGAUACAGAUAAAGAAGCUGACUGGGUAGAUUUAUUAUCGUCAAAUAUUGAAACAGCAGCCCGAUAUAUAAAACGACUUGCACUUGCAAUACAUCUAGCAUUUUUCCUGAAAUUUGUGUCAACGUUAACAAAGCAAGAAGCCAACAACUUAAUACAAGACAUCAAAUCAACUGACCUGAAUAAUCUGCGAACGCAAUGGUAUGACCGUCUCAGCUCUUUUAUGGCAAAGGGGCGGGAAAAUAAUGCCACAUUUGCUUUGCAUGAUGAUUUAAUGCGGCAUUGUGAAGAAGUUUUUGGAAUAAGCAUUGCAGAGCGAAUGGGGGGAUCCAGUGGUUACAACCUUCUUCUUGGAUGUGUGAAAUCUUCAUUGCCAUUUUCGUUCUUAAAUGGUGCCACAUCAUAUGCCUCUUUUUGUACUGAUUUACUCCAUGUUCACUACACAGCUGGAACGUUUCACCAAAAUAUGAAGCAAUCCUUGUUUUCAACACCACACAAGGACAGUGAUGUCAACUUUGCCUUAGAUACACAAAGAGAAAUGGACCAUCAGGAUGCAAGCAAGGGUUUCAGACCUAGAUCAACUAUAGAAUCAGUCAUACCAAGAAUGGCUAUAGUAGAUCAUUUUACUGAUGUGCAGUCCGCAAGGAGAGGUUUGAAUACAUCUCAAUUAAACACAACAGCCAUUAAUGAACAAGAGGAGGACAUUUCUUUUGCUUCUACAUCUGAAGAACAAAAACAGCUUAACUUCAAUAUCACGGAAAAAGACCUGAAAUUCAUUGUACCUGUUGCUAAACUGAUAUUAAGAGUUGGAGCACUAAGUUUAGAAAAAGAUUCAAUUCCUAAAAAUGUCUAUGGACAAACAAAGCGAAUUUUAUCUGAUGCUAUUUUAGACAAGGAGUCAUAUAGUGCUGGAAAGUACAUGGUCAAGAAGUAUGCCUGUCAACAAAAAUUGUUUAAUUUAACUACUGAUGAUCUUCCUAAUUUAACAACUGUCAAGGGACCAGCAUCUCUUCUUCAAAGAUUGAAAACAUCUAAAGGAGUCACUAUCAGAAGAGCAAAUAUAAAGACAAAAAUAUUAUCAGAAGCUCAGAAGAAGGAAGCAAAAAGAACAGCAUUUGUUAAGAGACAAAAAACAAUAGCUGACUGCAUCAGUUCUGAGAUGAAUACAUGCCAGGCUAUAGUCAAUCCAGACUGUUCAAAAUCUACCAUUCAGAAAUCUCCAAGUAUCAAGAGAGCACUGCAAAAAGUAUUGUCAUUAUGCAUACCUUGUAUUGAACCGCACAAAUUAGAGGAAUACCUUGCAAGUAAUGACAUUAUUUUACUUAAUGUUACAGAAAUACCAGCCCAAAUACAACAAAACAUCAAAUAUGCAACUGUAGAAUUUGCAGGGGUAAAAUUUAAGACAACUGCAACAUCAGGUGAUGAAUAUUUAUCUCAUGUUGAGAAUGGAAUAGUUAAACGUUUUCUGAAUGCCAACAAUUUCCCAAACUUGCAGAGAAUAGUAAUAUGUGAAGAAAAGUACAGCUUUACUCCAGAUGACUUCAAGGCAGCAACUAGACAAAAAAGGCAAACCAUAUCAUCUUCAACCAUUUCACAUCUAAAAAUUGGAUCAGAAAUGAUAUCUGAGCAUAAGCUUUCAAAGUCAGCUGUUAUACAAACAGAUCUUGGAAAAAGGCUAAUAAGUAACUAUCUUGCCCGAAAUGUUAAGAACCUGAACAUUACAAAAGAUGUUGUUUUGGAUAUAGAUAGUGAAUUAUUCCUAGAAACUUGUACUAAACACAAGAUUGAUGAAUGCUCUUGUCCAUACAAGUUACACACAACUCCUGUACGAGCAUACUUUUCAAAAUCAGGCUUCAUAAGACAUGAAAUGUUAAACCAUAUUAAACAAAGAAAAGGAGAAGCAGAAAUGGCACAGGUUGAUUGGUUGUCUGAUAUGAACGAAAAGUUAAAAGAAAAUGAAGCAGUUGUCAGCAUCGUAACAUCAGCAGAUGUUGACAGUCUUAUAAUUCAUUUAUUUGCAUUGUCCAUUCACUGGACGAGACGAAGUGACGGUUCAUUCAGAAACAAAGUUUAUGUUUAUCUUCAGAAACAAAAAUCUGAACUGUACUGCAUAACUACUAUCCUAGAGAUUCUAGAGGCACGAUUUAGACGACAGUAUGUCUUAACGCUAGUGAUUGCACUAUGCAUUGGUGGAAAUGAUUUUCUUCCAAAAUUUCAAGGCAUUUCCCACGAGAAAUGGAUAUCUGCAAUCUUUGAAACACCAGAAGCUCUUGAAAAAUUGGUUGCAUUCAACAAUGAUCCAGGUUCAAUGCAACCAAUUUCUGCUGCACUUAAUGAGGAGGUGUACUUUGAAAUAGUCAAAAGGUUGUAUGCUACAGCUAGCAUUAAAUCCGAACAAUUGAGUUUUGAAGCUAUUCGUCAAAUGUCGAUUAAACCACCAGGAAAGCAACAAAAACAUCCCAAAUUUUGGAUGCCACCAAAAUCUGCACUUAUAAAAGUUACAAAAUUAAUAAACUGUCAAAUCAAAUACUUAUUCACAGUUUGGACUCAUGAUGCUGUGUUGCCAAAUUUUCUUGCUGAAGGUUGUUUGAAAAAGGACACCACAGGAAGUAUACAAUAUGACUUUGGUGAUGAAAUACAAAUUAAGAAUAUCGAGACUACCUUCACCAUUCAAGAUGGCGAACUAAAAAGACUGAUUGAUGCUGCUUCUAUUUCUAGAAAAAGGGAAAAGAAAACAAAAAGAGUCAGGUCCAUUGAAUCAACACCAGUGAAGCCAGAGCAAAUAAAGAAAAAGCCGAUUAUGUCAACUCCCAUAAAAAUGAAACUACAAAAGAAAGAUGUGUGAUUUUCAAAGGAAGAUACAAUUCAUUAUGAACUUUGAAUCAGAGACAACAUCAAUUAAAAUAUCAAAUCAUUAGCAUUUUAUUAAUGAUUGCAGUAUUUGAUUUAUUUAUAUUCAUAACAAAAUUUUAGCAAAAUUAUUUGUAAUAUUUCAAGCUUUCAAACCUUUUUUUUAAACUAUUGUUGAUAGAUCAUUUCUAAUAUUCUUCAUGUAUAUUUGUGUAAGCAUAAAAUUAGGAAAAUAAUAGAGAGAAAACAAUUUUUUAUCUUUGUUUAUAUAAUUAUUAAUGAAAUGUAACUAAACAUGUUUUUGUGUGUUUGAAAAGAGACAUGUUUGUGAAAAAUCAAAUGUACAUUGUAGUAUAUAGUAAUAUACAAUUUGGAAAAGUGAUAUUUAAGAAGUUAAAUUUUAAAUAAACAUUAUUUAAUAUAAUGAUAUCUUUUCUACAAAAAAUUAUAUUUGAAGUU